CGCAGGAAACAGACGGGAGCGUUUAACUGGAACAGACCGAAACCGUUGACUCCUGUUCUCCCACUGAACCCCACGUCCUUACUGACGCUGUCAGAAGUAAAGUCUGUCCUUAUGAGUGACAGGAUCUGUGGGUUUCUCCACUCAUUCUUCAGGAGGGACCUCCACCACGAAAUGAGAGGCCUCAGCAACUACUGUCUGUCCUGCUGUGCCAACACUUUACUGCAGACCCUCUCUGCUACCUGGGAAGUAGGAGACCUGCUAGAAAGGUGGGAUGCAGCUGGUUUGAGAGAGGACCGUGGUAAUGUCCCUCUGAAGUUAAAGAGAGUUCUCGCAGCCAUGAAGAGCGAUCGUCUUCAGCAUGUUCCCCAUGAAGACUUCCUCCGCUGCCUGGACAGAAACUGUGUUCGACUUAACGUGCAGCAUGACGCCGACGAGGUGUUCCUCUCCAUCCUGAACCUCAUGCAACAGCAAAUGGAUGACAAAGCACUGGCUCUUGAAAUCAAGAAUCUGUACAAGAUUUCUGUGGAGACGCACCUGCGGUGUUUAAACUGCACCUCUGUCCAGACUCACACCAGCUACCUGCUCAGUCUUCCUCUGCAUAUAAAGGAAGAUCACCACAACUCUCUGGAAGACUGCAUAUCCUCCUUCUUAGCGGAGCAGGAGCUGACGGGCAUAAAUCGCUGCUUUUGUGCGCAAUGUGGAUUUAAGACUCCAUCCAAGCAGGGUCUCAAACUGCUCUCCUUGCCUCGUAUCUUGUGCGUGCACCUGAAACGGUUUCGAAAUAGCUGUGGUUCCACCCGAAAACUUUAUUGCAGGGUUACUUUUCCAGAAACCUUUGACUUCUCUGAGAUUGUUAAAGAGGGAUUCUCACCAGACUUUGCCCAGAAUGAGUGCAAGUACACUCUGUAUGCAGUGGUAGUGCACUCUGGUAGCGCACUGUGUGGGCACUAUACUGCCUACGUCCGUGACAGGGUGAACCAGCGCUGGCACUAUGCAGAUGACAGCCACAUAGAGCAGGCCUCCUGGGAAGAUGUGCGGCGAACAUUUGGAGGAAGCUGCAGGCACACAGCAUACAUGUUAAUGUACAGAAGAGGUCUGAAGGAGGAGGGACAACAACCUGAAUUAUCCGGCUGAGUGUCUGGAUGCGGAUGAAUUAAUAUGGGAACAAGGUGCAAUUAAGGAUCAGUACGCAAACCAUAGGAAUUUAAAGAUGCUUUAAAUAUUUUUAUGUAAUUAUUGAUUUUUUUGUAUGUGGGGAAUGAUUUUAUAUUUAUUGUUUUUCCUGACUUCAUAAAGCUCAUAGAGAAAUGUAUACAUUACACAUUACACCAGCAAAUCAAUUUCUGCCAAGCAACAGUAGGUGGCGUUCAAGACUCAAACACAGAAGGGUUUUCCACCCUGAGACCACACACAAUGUGAACAGUCUCUGAUACUGGGGGGGUGGUUUGAGGAGAAUGCUUAGAUUAGAUAUUCACUGUUUUGGGGGAAAUACCUGCAAUAGGACUCAGUGUUCAUUUUCCUGACACUGCUGUAUAAUAAAUGAGUCACUCAUGAAGAACAAUGAA